AUGUCGGAAAAACUUGGGUUACCUCAAAAACCAGCCGGAUCUUGCAUUGCUCCGAUAAGCACAGAGGCAACCAACUCGGAAAUCAAGUCUGAGCCGCAACAAGAAAGCCAUCCGACUACUCGAGAAGUAGUCGAAGAGCUAUCAUAUCCCAACAAAGUUAAAUUUGCUCUUAUUUUUGGAACUCUACUACUUUCAACCUUUGUCAUUGGUUUUGUAGGUGCAAAUGCUACAGACUCCAACUGUGUAGCAACAAUUAUACCAGUUAUCACCGAUGAAUUCCACUCUGCCAACGACAUAGGGUGGUAUGGCACUGCCUACUUAAUUCCUUCCUGUGCUUUGAUCGUAUUUUACGGAAAACUAUACACCUUUUACUCCACCAAGAAGAUUUAUAUCUGUUCGUUCAUAAUCUAUGAAAUUGGCUCUAUCAUGUGUGCUACAGCACCCAGCUCAUUAGUUUUCAUAAUUGGACGAGCUAUUGCUGGCACAGGCUCUGCGGGUCUUGUCUCCGGCUCUAAAAUAAGUAUUAUAAGCCUCAUUGUUCCUCUACACCGCAGGCCUUUAUAUCAAGGGAUCAUUGGAGGCGUAGAAAACAUUGCUAUUACAGCUGGACCCCUGAUUGCUGGUGCGGUCACAGCCGCUUCAUCAUGGAGGGUUUGUUUCUGGAUAAGUAUACCCAUUGGAGUUGUGGGCGCUAUUGUUCUCAUCAUAUUUGGCAGAAUGCCAGAUACAGAGCGUGAAAAUUUGAGUACAGUGGAAAGACUGAAAAUGCUUCCCACGUCAAGUAUACUAUUAUUUUUGCCGUUGGUAAUACUUCUUGUACUAGCUUUGAGUUGGGGUGGCUCAAAAUAUUCAUGGAACAACUUCCGUAUCAUUCUUAUGCUAGCCUUGAUGACUGCUUUGCUAGUUACAUUCAUUUCCCUGCAACUCUACAAACAAGACAAGGCAAUGUUUCCUCCUCGCAUCGUUCGUCAACGCAGUGUUCUAUCUGGUAUAGUAUUUAUAUUCUGUGUAUCGGCAUCGUUAUACGUCACGGCAUACUAUCUUCCCAUAUAUUUUCAAGCUGUGAGAGGUGCUAGCACAUUCGACUCUAGUGUCAGGACUUUGCCACUGGUUGUGGGUCUAAUAUUUGGGAGUUUUGGCGGGGGAUAUUUCACAACAGUGGUUGGAUACUACACCUCGAGUAUGAUCCUGACCAGUAUUCUCACUGCAAUUGGAAGCGGCUUCCUAUCAAGGCUGCGUGUAAAUACCCAAGCACCAGAGUGGAUUGUCUUCCAAGCUCUUUUUGGGUUUGGCUGCGGCAUCGGCUUUCAACAGCCUUACGUAGCAGUUCAGACAACCAUACCUCGAAUCGAUAUCCCAAUUGCUAUUACAACAGUGGCCUUUUCACAGAGGAUGGGGAAUAUCGUUGCACUAGCUAUCGCCCAGAAUCUCUUCACAAAUCGUCUGAUCGCGAAUUUGACGAAGACGGUUCCUCAAGUCAAUGCCAAUCUUGUUCUCUCAAAUGGAGUCACGACUCUACGAAGCACUGUUGAACCAAAGUAUCUAGAUGCGGUACUGGCGGGUUAUAGUCUUACCAUCGACCAGAUUUUUCUUCUUGCGGUUGCUCUCUGCAGUCUUUCGGUGGUUGGUUCCCUCGGCAUGGAAUGGAAAUCGGUUAAGAAGGGGAGAACUGGAAAUACUUAG